GCCAUGCUGCCGCUCCUGCUGGGCCUGCUGGGCCCGGUGGCCUGCGCGGCCCUGGGCCCGGCCCCCGGCUCCACGGAGCUGCGCUCGGCCUUCUCGGCGGCGCGCACCACUCCCCUGGAGGGCACUUCGGAGAUGGCGGUGACCUUCGACAAGGUGUACGUGAACAUCGGGGGCGACUUCGACGCGGCCACGGGCCGGUUCCGCUGCCGCGUGCCCGGCGCCUACUUCUUCUCCUUCACGGCCGGCAAGGCGCCGCACAAGAGCCUGUCGGUGAUGCUCGUGCGCAACCGCGACGAGGUGCAGGCGCUGGCCUUCGAUGAGCACGGCGUGUUCCGCUGCCGCCUGCCCGGCGCCUACUUCUUCUCCUUCACGCUGGGCAAGCUGCCGCGGAAGACGCUGUCGGUGAAGCUGAUGAAGAACCGCGACGAGGUGCAGGCCAUGAUUUACGACGACGGCGCGUCGCGGCGCCGCGAGAUGCAGAGCCAGAGCGUGAUGCUGGCGCUGCGGCGCGGCGACGCCGUGUGGCUGCUCAGCCACGACCACGACGGCUACGGCGCCUACAGCAACCACGGCAAGUACAUCACCUUCUCCGGCUUCCUGGUACAAAACAAAACGUCCAAUCCAUUCUCCCAGCCCAAGUAG